AAGCUAGCCACCGGCUACCCGGUCACCUGCAUGCACCCCAUUUCUUCUCCUAUAUAUUCUCACCAUACCCACCAAGUCUUCUCUGCCAACUGAAGAAGACUCGCAUUUCAUUUCCAUUACAAGAACACAAUACACCACGAGUUUUUUCCAUCUUCUUCCACAAGAAGACAUGGUCCGUCGGCUCCAAACAGACUCCGAAGCGGGCUCGGACAGCUAUCCGAUACGGCUGAGCUCGAAGGAGAGGAUGCUCGCCACUGUCUCAGCCCUCAUGGACAUAGCCAGCCGCCUAACCCAUAAGCUCAAGGCCAGUAAGCCUAUGAAAACGUCGUCGUUGAAUAAGCCCAAGAAGCUGAUGACGAACAUAAGCAACAAGGCCAUCACUCUCUUUCACCCCAGGAAGGUCGUCUGCGGCGGCGGCAGCGGGGGAGAGAGACCCAAGGGCCGUGGGGGCCAUGAGGAAGAAAAGUGGGGAGACGGCGGGGUGUGGCAGCGGUCGAUUCUGAUGGGGGACAAGUGCGAGCCGUUGGAUUUCUCCGGCGCAAUAUAUUACGAUAGCAACGGGCAGCAGCUUAGCGGAGUUCCUCUCAGAUCGCCACGUGCGAGUCCGUUGCCUGGGUACCUGGAGAGGGCUCAGAAAAUCUGACCGGAGGUCUCCACGAUUCCAUCACCCGCGGGUGCUAUUGGUUUUGUUUUUUCUUAGGUCACAGUCAAUUUUCAAUGUUUCGUUGGAGGUUAGGGGAUAUGUUAAGAUGUGAUUUCCUUCUCUUCGAUCUUUUGUAUUUUCUUGGUUUUAUUGCAUCUUAUUGUAUUUUGGCAUGAGCAAUUAGAGUGAUCGUUGUUCCGGGUUCCGGUGUUGAUAUAUGAUAUGGUAGCAUUUCGAUCUUGCAA